AUGUCGUGCUACCUGCCGCAGCGCCUCCCCUCCAUGUACCAGGAACCCCUCCCCGUGAAACGCCCACCGAUGUAUGCUGCCUCGUGCCAGCCGGUGCCGGUCCAGGGCUCAGCGCCAUGCAUCCCGCAGUAUGUGACCCCCUGGGUGUCCCAGCAGCGCUUCGCAGGCUCCAGUUUCUCGCAGCAACAGUGUGUGACCAAGUGCGUGCCGCGGCAGCAGUACACAGCCGAGUGCGUGCCACAGCUGCAGCAUGCGACCGCGUGCAUUCCACAGCAGCCGUGCGCGACUAAGUGCGUGACAACCUGCGUGCCACAGCAGCAAUGCACAGCCAAGUGUGUGCCGCAGCAAUCCUGCGUGACCAAGUGUGUGCCGCAGCAGCAGUGUGCAACGAAGUGCAUCCCCCAGCAGUGUGCAACCAAGGCUGGGUCCCCCUGCCUCCCCCAGCAACCGUGUGCGACCACAUGCAUCCCGCAACAGCAAUGUGCAACCAGGGGUGUGACCACCUGUGUCUCCCAGCAGCCGUAUGUGACCAAGUGCGUCCCCCAGCAGCAGUGUGCCACCAAGUGCGUCCCCCAGCAGUGUGUGACCACUUACUUCCCGCAGCAGUGCGCCACCAAAUGUGCCACCAAGUGUGUGACCAAGUGUGCCCCGCAGCAGUGUGCCACCAAGUGUGCCACCAAGUGCACCACCAAGUGUGCCCCGCAGCAGUGCACCACCAAGUGUGCCCCGCAGCAGUGUGCCACCAAGUGUGCCACCAAGUGUGCCCCGCAGCAGUGCACAACCAAGUGUGUCCCGCAGCAGUGUGCAAGUGACUGUCUGCCCGCAUGUGCCCCACAGCAGUGCCAGCCGGGGGGAGUGAAGAUUUCGAGCCAUUCGAAGAAGUACUGCUCUGCCUCAAAGUGGCCCUGGUAA